AUGGCAGGAAGGAAUGCUAUAAACAAGCCAAAAAUCAAAAUGUUGGCCCAGAGUCAUGCAAAAUCACUAAGAAGAAAAAGAGCUGCUAGGAAUGUAAUUCAAACGAGAUCAUCAACUUCACGAUAUGCUCCAAAAGCAUUAACUGCACCAAGGCCAUCCGAUUCCAAGUCCAUUGCCUUGUACACGGGAGAGACACCACCUGUAACAUCGGUAAUGACUACAAAUACUUUGUCAAAGAAGAAAGCUAAGAAAAUAGCGAGAAAUAAAAAAUAUAUGACUCAGAAGCAAGAAGAGGAUAUAACAAUGGAUACCAAUACUGAUCUGACCAAACAAACAAACUUGGAUAAAGCGAAAAAGGCCUUGUGGGAAUUGGUGGAGAGUUUUGAAAAAAAUGGGCCUUUUGUUGUAGCAUGGUCUGAAGGUACAACGUUGGGAACUCAGUCAUUGUAA